GGUCGUGCCUCCGCAGGCCCCUCGUCCUCCCACCUCUUGGCCUGCGCCGCCCUCCUCGCCCUCUCUUCGCCCUCCGCCGAGGCCCUGUUCCAGACGUCGCCGUCCCUGUUCGCCACCAUGGUCGGCUACGCGGUGAUCUACAACCUGGCGAUGCUCGUGAUCUUCGGGACGCCCCUGGUCCGGCUGCAGAGCCGGGUGCUCGAGCAGGAGGCGAGCCUUCGCUUCGGGCUGACGCACGUGCGCGAGAACGCCGAGGCGGUCGCCUUGUACGGCGGUGCGGCCUCCGAGCGGUCCCGGUGCGGGCGCCUGCUCUCGCAGGCGGCCUCGGCGCCGCAGCUUGGGUUGUCGUCCAUGUCGUUCGGCAUGGACACGGGCGGCGGCAGCUUCGUGGGCUUGUUCCCGUACGUCGUGUUGGCCCCAGCGAUAUUCGUUGGCGAGAUGGAGUUCGGCACCGCUGCCGCGGCCCAGAUGCUGUGCAUGCAGCUCGUGGGUGCGAUGAUUGCCCUCGUGGGGCAGAUGGACAGUCUGUCCACGCUGGCCGCCCACGCCACGCGCGUGCGCCAGCUGGAGGAGGCGCUCGCCGCUGGCGUGCAGGCCCCCGACUGCGCGGGCAGCGACGCCGGCGUCCCCGCAGAGUGUGCCGCGAGCAGGGCCGCGGGAGGCGUGGCUGGGGGCGCCCCGGAGCUGCUGGGAGCCAUCUGGGAGCCUGUGGGGUGCGGCUUGCUCCAGUCAGCUGGGGCCUUCUUGAAGCACGCCAGAGCCAUCUCGAGGGAGCUGCGGGAGGCGCAGCUGGCCCGUGCACGGGACGGGACCGCUCGCGACGCCAUGGACCUCGGGGUCGACGGCGACGCGGCCUCUCCUCCGGAGCGCGCAACCGAGCAACGCCGUGACCGUCUUCAAUGGCUCGAGCGGCAGAUUGCCUACUGCGACGCCCCCGGCCAGCGCGGAGACCCCUUCUACCAGGAGUCUCGGCCCAAGUUCGUGCAGGAGCGCGACGAGCUGCGCCGCACCCUGGUUGCGUCCAAGCCCCUCGACGUGCGGCAGCGCGACCUCGCAACCAAGAUGUCCAAGCAGCGCCAGCGGAUCACCGCCUGCGACCUGCAGGUGGCGGGCCUCAAGGAGAAGCUCGCCGCCAUUACGGCGGACCUGGACGUGGCGACCCGCGCCGCGGCCGAGGCUCGGACGCUCAUGGUGCAGCUGGAGGCGGACAACAUGGCGUUGGCGGCCCAGGCUCCCUUGGCGCCAGAAGCCGUCACGCUGGACGCCGUGGUGCCGAGGCUCGAGGUCACCAUGCAGCAGUUCUCCUCGCUCUUGCGAGGGGUGGGGGGCUCCGAGACGAUCGAAGCCACCUUCCAGGGGCCUGCUGCUCCCGUCGCGGCUCCUGGCACGCCUGGCAGCUUCGAUUUCCUGGGUGCUGACACGACGGCUGAGGACGUUCGCUCGUUCGUGGAGUCGAUGGGCUUCCAGGUGCCCGCCGAGGAGGCCGAGAGCGUCACCAUCGAGCGGGCUCGCGUCAUCAACGAGGCGAUCCAGAGCCAGGCCAAGCGGCUCAAGACCCAAGCGGGCGCUGCGACGUCAUAA